CAAAAUAUAUGAAAGGAUACUAUAUUCAACAAAAAUUAGUUAACCUUAAUUUGGACCAGGCAGAAAAAGAUAAAUUAGUAGCAGAAUUAUAUAAAGUAGCAGCGGAUGCAGGCGAUGAAUUUCCUGAAGCUCAAUUACGUUAUGGAGGUUUGAUAUUUAAAGGUGUAGGAGUUCAAAGGGAUUUAAAAGAAGCUGCUUUAUAUUUUACCAAAGCCGCUGAAAAUGGUCAAGUUGUUGGUAUGUUUAAUGCUGCUAGUUUAUAUUUCUCUGGUGGUGCUGGUAAGAAAGAUGCAGAAUUAGGUACAAAAUAUAUGAAAUUAGCCGCUUAUAAACAACAUAAACAAGCCAUUGACUAUUGCAAGAAGAAUAAUAUUCCUUUGUAG